CUGGCGGCUCCAGCCGCUAGGAGCGUGGUCUGGCUACGCCCCUCCCUGCCCGGCCCGCUGGCUGAAGGCCGCUGGGCUCACUUUAGCCCAAGGCAACCUGCGACGUCGGCGGCGGUGGAACUCGGAAGGGACUAAGAUGGAUCUUGUACUCAGUGCUGCAGAUUAUUAUUUUUUUACGCCGUACAUCUACCCAGCCUCGUGGCCCGAGGACGACAUCUUCCGACAAACUAUUAGUCUCCUAAUUGUAACAAAUCUUGGCGCUUAUAUCCUUUAUUUCUUCUUUGCAACACUGAGCUAUUAUUUUGUCUUUGAUCAUUCAUUAAUGAAGCAUCCACAGUUUUUAAAGAAUCAAGUCUAUAGAGAGAUUACGUUUACUGUGCAGUCAUUGCCGUGGAUUAGUAUUCCCACUGUUGCAUUGUUCCUGCUAGAGUUGAGAGGUUACAGCAAAUUAUAUGAUGACGUAGGAGAGUUUCCAAGUGGCUGGUUUCGGCUCAUCGUUAGUAUACUGUCCUUCCUCUUUUUCACUGACAUGCUGAUCUACUGGAUUCACAGAGGCCUUCAUCAUAGACUUGUGUAUAAGCGCAUACACAAACCUCAUCAUCUCUGGAAGAUUCCUACUCCAUUUGCAAGUCAUGCUUUUCACCCUGUGGAUGGCUUCCUUCAGAGUCUACCUUACCAUAUAUACCCUUUUAUCUUUCCACUACACAAGGUGGUUUACUUAGGCUUGUACAUCCUGGUCAAUAUCUGGACGAUUUCCAUUCAUGAUGGUGAUUUCCGUGUGCCCCACAUUUUAAGGCCAUUUAUUAAUGGCUCAGCCCAUCAUACAGACCACCACAUGUUCUUUGACUAUAACUAUGGACAGUAUUUCACCUUGUGGGAUAGAAUUGGAGGCUCAUUCAAAAAUCCUUCCUCCUUUGAAGGGAAGGGACCACUUAGUUACGUGAAGAAGAUGACAGAAGAAAAGUGGAACAGCCACGCAGAAAACGGUUGUAAAAAUGAAAAAUUAUUCAGUGGAGAGCUUACAAAGACUGAGUAGUAGAUUUUUGCCCUGUUAUUGAAUACGACAAAAUAUUUUUAGUUAAGGAAAAAUAAUCUACAUACAUACAACCAAGAGACAUAGCAAGUAAAUGGUAUUUGAAAGUCCGCGUUGUGGGUUCUGCUCAUCAUGAUGGUAGGUCAAGGAGAGAUGCUGUCUGUGAACACCAAGAUUUUCAACCUCGUGCUUACAAUACUAAGUGUUGGUCUAAAGGGCAAGUUAUGUCUUUCUAGCCAGCAUAUCUAUAAUUUGUAUAGCCUCAAUGGUUUUUGUAAGGAUAGAGAGUAAAUUAUCGAGGGGACUAGGUUAUGUCCUUCUGCCUUAAUCCACCCAUACUGAUUAAGAAAAAUAUGUUAUGCUUGAUAAUACCAACACUAAGCAUCAUAACAAAGAAAUACUAAUAGGAAUAGGGUUCCUUAUUUCAGGAAUGGUUAAGUCUUCAGCGUUGGUAUGGUAAUGACUACCCAUAGUGUUUGUUCAAGUGGACACAUCAGUGUGAAAAAAAACCCUGAUAAAACAUUAGCAGCCAAGUAAAUGACCUAAUUAAUAGCAGGUAUAAGAAGAUUAUCAUCUUCCUACAUGUAGGAAGCUUCUCUGUAGACAUUGUCAAAUAAUUGCAUUCUACUGAUGAAAACAUAAACUAGAAUUUUUAAGAAAAUAUUCAUGCUACCAUGAUUUAAUCCAAACCUGGGACUAUUUUAAGAUUUUGAUGAUUAUUGUUUUAAACCGUUGUUUAAUAAGUAUUAUGUGAACCUGAGUAUAUUUAGAAAGGGAAAUUUGAUGCCCAAGUAAUAUAUUUGACAUUACUGCUUUUUUAAUUAAAAGGAUGCACUGCACUUUUGAUAUGUUUCAAAGUUACAAUCCUGUAAUUUCCUAUGAAAGGAAGUAAUUGCCAAAAAUUUAGGCCUAUCACUGAAGAUUAGCUUUGAAAUCUUAUUUUCUCUCCUCUCCCUUCACUUUCCCCCACAUUCUGUGCAAGAAGAUUUAACAAAUACUUUCGUAAAGAAAUGUUAUGUGUUGUAACAAAUAUGUUGGAAAACAUGAUUUGGAAAGGCAUUCUAUAAGCUAUUUAUGUAAAAUCAAUAAAAGUUGAUUAUCACU